GGCGCGGGAGCGGUGUUGGAGGUAACGCGGCGCGGCCCGGCCCCGCCGGUGGGAACGGAACGGGCCGGGUCGGGCCAGCGCCUCGAGCGGGGCGGUCCCGGGUCUGUGCUUUUUGCGGAGGCUUCGGUACCGGAGCGCCGAGGUGAGGCAGCCCGACCCGGCGGCGGGGGGCUGCGGCGGCUGGGCCGGAUCAGGCGCUCCUCGGUGCGCUGUGAGCUCUCGCUUGGCUCACGCUUGGAAGCAGCUUUAUUCCAGGCCGGCCCACCCCCCGGUAACGGUGGUGCCGUGCCGCCCGCCUUUAGCGUGCGUGUCCCAGGAACCGGGGCGGCCGCGGCUCCCGAGGCACAUUUCCUGCCAUGGUGAACGAGAGGCAUAAUGGCAACCUGCUUGUGCACCUGGGACCCAAACUGCAGGCCUACCCGGAGGAGCUGCUUCGGCAGCGGCGAGGCCACGACGGCCAGCCUGAGUACCUUAUCCAGUGGAGUAUUGUCAGCUUGGAAGAGAGAGCAGCGGGAGGCAGCAGUGCCUCCUCUGCAGAGACCAAGCCGGAGAACGUCUCCAUGUGGAUGUCUGCAGAAGAGGUCUGUGCCAGCUGCCCGGCGCUGCUGGGCAAGAGGAAGCUGGAAGGGCAGUGGGGGAAGGAGAAGGCAGCCGGCCCCUUUGCUGCAGAUGUGCCUCUGGACGAAGCCUCGCUGCUGGAGAUGAAGGCCGAUGUCAGGAGCCUGGUGCAGCGAGCUGGCCGUCAGAUAUCUGAGCCUGGGGCCCCCGAGUCCUCCAUCCUCAAUACCAUCCACGUGCUGAGCGCGUACGCCAGCAUUGGCUCGCUGGCAGGUGCCUUCAAGGAGACGGGAGCCCUCGACUUGCUGAUGAGGAUGCUGUGCCACAAGGAGAAGCAAAUCCGCCGCAGUGCGGGCAAGAUGCUGAGGGCCCUGGCUUCGCACGAUGCAGGGAGCUGGGCCUAUGUCCUGCUGUCCCUGAGCCAGCAGGAUGGCAUCGAGCAGCACAUGGACUUCGACAGUCGCUACACCUUGCUGGAGCUGUUUGCUGAGACAACAUCCUCUGAAGAGCACUGCAUGUCCUUUGAGGGGAUUCACCUUCCCCAGAUCCCUGGGAAGCUACUGUUCAUCCUGGUGAAGCGCUACCUGUGUGUCACUUCUCUCAUGGACAAGCUCAGCAGUGGCGUGGAGCCGGGAAGGGAGCAGACGAACUGCGCUGUGCCCAGCCUGCUCACUGAGGAGACGAGCCGCGUGAAGCAGGAGUUUGAGUUCAGCAUGGCUAUGGCAAAUCUCAUCUUGGAGCUGGUGCACGUGAUGGGCUGGGACCACAGCCACAAGCCAGAGCUGCUGCCCCAGCAGGAGCUGCGGCCCCGCACUGCCCAAUCCAUCUUCCAGCACAGGGCCACAUCCUGCACCGCGGCUCAAGCAGCCCCCAGUCCCCCACCAAAAGAGCCCAGCAUCUUCAAGACGCGCUCAGCCUUCCCCAGCCGCAGCAGCUACGUGGAGUACGUGCAGGCGAACCUGGUGCAGGGCAUGCGGGUGCGGAUGCUGGAGGACUACGAGCAGGUCAGCGCGGGUGACGAGGGUGACUUCCGCCAGAGCAACGACGGCACGCCGCCUGUGCAGGUGUACUGGCAAGCCCUGGGCUGUACGUACUGGGUUCACUGGCACAUGGUGGAGAUCAUUGGCCCUUCAGGGCAAGAGGAGCAGGAGGGCCAGGAGAAGGUGUCCACCCUAACAUACAGCCACAAACUGGCAGCAGUUGCGCAGCCGUUUUUCUGCAAGCCCUUUGGAGGGCUGUACUCCCUGCCUUACCUGGGGGAGCAGCCGACCAAGGCUGCAGAGGCCCUGAGCCGUGCCGAGUGGUGGGAGCUGCUCUUCUUUGUGAAGAAGCUGGAAGCGCAGGAACAGAAAGAGAUCACCUGCCUCAUCCAGCAGGACCGGGGAGAGCAGCUGUCCGAUGAAGAAGCCUUGAUCCAGCAGUCGGUACCUGUGGAGCUGGCCCAGAAGGUGCUGGAGGUCUUGGAGAAGCGGUGCCAGGGCAGUGCUCAGCGUGACCUGCGCGGCUCCCACAUCUACGCCAAAUACUUCCUCAGUAAGGGGGCCGAGCAGGAUGGCAGGGGGAGCACCGCAGUGUCCUCGGAGGGUGCUGUCUGCAAGAGCACUGUCUCUGAAGCCACAACAGCCAAGGCAGCAAAGGAAGACCUUUCUGCAGCCACAGUGCCUCUCCAAGCCCCCGCUGCCGCAUCCAAGUCGGACUCCCAGCUGUUCAGCGAGCUCCUUGAGAGGGAAGGGCUGUUCUUCCCAGAGGUGACUGAGGAGCAGAUCAAAGUGUUGGGCAGCUCCGAGGGGACGAGCGAGAGGGGCUCGCUGGCCAAGAUUGCAGCCAUGGUGGACGUGAUCCGGAGCAGCAGCACAGAGGUUGGGCUGCGUUUAGCCGGGCUCAAGCACAUCAUGAAGAUCCUGGAGGAGGAGCCCGAGCAGCAAGUCGGCAAAGCCCAGGGCAGGCUGGGGACCAGGAGUGUUGGGGAGAAGCUGGUGAAUGUGGCAGUGGAGCUGCUGAGCACCGAGGUGGCAGAGAAGGCCCUGGUGGUGGUGACGCUGCGGCUGCUGGCCGUGUUCAUGGCGAAGUACGACUGUCGCGUGCCGUUUGCCACGGAGGGGGGUGUGCGGGCUGUGCUGGCCUGCAUGCAGCAGCACGCCUCCUCCGCCCUGGUGCAGCAGGCUGGCCUGGCAGCCCUGAAGGUGCUGGUGGGAGCUGUGUCCAGCGAGCCAGGAGGUGCCGGUGGGAAGCCCUUGCCCCUGAACCACGCCGACGCGCAGAUGAUGCGGGAGAUCUUUGCCAGCAUCGGCUCUGCCUCCAGCGAGGGCUCGGCAAGCCUGCUGAGUGCCAUCCCUGCUGCCAUGAGCACCAUGCAGAGGGUCCCAGGGGGCUCCUCAGGCGUGCAGAACGGCUUGCUGGUGGUGAACAUGCUGAUGGACAGCCACCGGGGCCUGGCGGAGCAGCUGGUGAGCUGCGAUCUCCCCACGGUGCUGCAGAGCUGCUGGUGGGACGGGCAGAGCACCGUCUGCCCUCACGCGAUGCUGGCCCUCAGCGCCAUCAACCGCCUCACGGAGCACCGGCUACCCCUGGGCCCGGAGAUGGCAGGCAGAGAGGCCCCGCUGGACCUGAGGGACAUGCGGAGGCUUCUGGGCGGCCUGGGGGAGGGCACCUUGUCCAAGGAUGUGGUGGUGGCCCUGGAGCGGCAGCUCUGCAGUGAAGGCCCCGUCCCCUCUGGCGAGGUGGCCCAGCUGCUGCAGGACCCCCGGUGCUUCAGGCUGCUGCUGCGCAGCUUUGAGCUGCUGGGGGCGGAGAAGGCCGUGAGCCUGAGCAUCCUCAGGAUCCUGAACAAGUUCCUGGACGGUUACCAGGAGGAUGUGCUGCCCUGGCACGAGUGUGUGGAGCCCUGUUUGUCCUCCCUGAGUGCCCACAGCAGCGAGCGGGAGCAGGUGGUGCAGGAGGUCGUUGGCUUCCUGCACCGCCUGGCCACUGCCAGCAAGGACUGCGCGGUGGUGAUGUGCCGCCUGGGCACCCGCGAGGCUCUGGCCAAAGCCCUGGACAAGCACAGCACGGCCCCGUCGCUGGCGCCAGCCCUGCUCGACCUGGUGAUUGACUGUGAGAAGUACGCCACUCUCUACAAGAAGCUGACGACCAGCAUCUUGGCUGGCUGCAUCCAGCUGGUCCUGGGGCAGAUUGAGGAGCACCGCCGGAGCCACCGGCCCAUCAGCAUCCCCUUCUUUGAUGUCUUUCUGCACAACCUGUGCCGAGGCUCCAGCGUGGAGGUGAAGGAGGACAAGUGCUGGGAGAAGGUGCAGGUCUCCUCCAACCCCCACCGUGCCAGCAAGCUCACGGACAGGAACCCCAAGACCUACUGGGAGUCGAACGGCAGCACCGGCUCCCACUUCAUCACUGUCCACAUGCAGUGUGGUGUGGUGAUCAGGGAGAUGAGCAUGCUGGUGGCCAGCGAGGACUCCAGCUACAUGCCGGCCCGUGUCGUGGUGCUGGGGGGAGACAGCCCUGCCGCCAUCAGAACUGAGCUCAACGCGGUGACCGUCCUGCCCUCGGACAGCAGAGUGAUCCUGCUGGAGAACAUGACCCGCUUCUGGCCCGUCAUCCAGAUCCGGGUGAAGCGGUGCCAGCAGGGCGGCAUUGACACACGUGUGCGUGGCAUCGAGGUGCUGGGUCCCAAGCCCACUUUCUGGCCCAUCUUCAAGGAGCAACUGUGCCGGCGGACGUUCCUCUCCUGCACUGCUCGGGCUCAUGCCUGGUGCCAGGAGAUCUGCCGGGACCGGGGGCAGCUGCUGCAGCUCUUUGGCAGGCUGAACCGGGCGCUGCGGCACGAGCAGGGCUUCGCCGACCGCUUCCUCCCUGACGACGAGGCGGCCCGGGCCUUGGGCAGGACGUGCUGGGAGGCCUUGGUGAACCCCUUGGUGCAGAGCAUCACCAGCCCAGACCCCCACGGCAUCAGCCCUCUGGCCUGGCUGCUGAGCGAGUACCUGGAGAGUGUGGAGCCACCAAGCCGCGGUGCUGCCUUUGGUUCCCGUGUGCGGCGCCUGACCCAGCUCCUGGUGCAUGUGGACCCCGGCAGCCCAGAGCCAGAGGAGGCAAGAGCAGCUGGCGGGAAGGAGGGGAAGAACAAGGAGGUGCCGGCCAGAGCUGCGAAGGCGGCGGUGGAGAAGUCAAGUGGCCUGUGGGGCAUCUCGCAGUGCUGGCGUGGCGUGGUGCAACAGCAGGUGCAGCGGUUCCUGGAGGCAGCAGGGCAGGCGCCGGACCUUGUGGAGCGAUACUGCGGGCUGUACCAGCGCCUGCGCGGUGCCACGGAGGAGCUCUUUGGGCAGCAGGCCGCCUUUGUGCUGGCCCUGGGCCAGGGCUUUGCGGGAGCCUUGCUGCAGCUCCCCUUCCUUACCGCCCUGCACGUGAGCGAGCAGUUCGCCCGCUACCUGGACGGGCAGAUCCAGGAGCUCCACGGGGCUGUGGGCAGCGCAGGGCCGCUGCACCGGCUGCAGCAGAUCCUGGAGCCCUUCGUCGUCUUCAGUGACCUGGAGCUCGCCCACACCUUCGAGCACUUCUACCGGCACUACCUGGGGGACCGGCUCCUGGCGCAAGGACCGUCUUGGCUGGAAGGAGCCAUCGUGGAGCAGAUCGGGCUGUGCUUCCCCAGCCGCUUCCCCCAGGAGAUGCUGAGCAACUUGGCUGAGUCGGAGGAGCUCCAGCAGCAGUUUUACCUCUUCCAGCUGCAGGAGCAGGACAAGCGUCUGCUGGAGCUGGACACGGGCCUGGACGAGGCCCUGGGGACGGCCUCGGUGGAGGACGUGCCGGAGGUGAAGGUGCUGGCCCUGUCCCCGCGCUGCUGGCCGGUUUCCCCGUUGUGCUACAUGGACGAACCCGGGAGGUUUUUCUCAGCGGCCCUGAGCGCCCCCCUGGAUGAGUUUGCCGAGUUCUGCAGGCGGAGCCAGGGCCAGCUGGGCUGGGAGUGCACGAAGCCCCGGCGGUUGCAGUGGACGUGGCUGGGCCAUGCCGAGCUGCAGUUUGGAGACUGCGUCCUCCAGGUGUCCACGCUGCAGAUGUACAUCCUGCUGUGCUUCAACAGCGCCGAGGAGGUGGCUGUGGAGGCCCUGGUGCAGGCUACGGGGCUCCCUGCUGACCUGGUGCACCACGCACUGACACCGCUGACCCACGGCGAGGGCAUCCUGGUGUGGAGAUGCCCACCGGGAGCUCCAGGUGUGCUGCAGCUGAACCAGACAGCCCUGGCCUGUGCCUCUGGCCGCCACCUGAGGCUGCUGCCCCGGCAGAGGUACCUGCAGGCAGAGAGGGCUGAGGUGAGCGCCCUGGAAAGGAAGAGGAACGUCCUCUGCUGCCUCAUCACCCGCAUCCUCAAGGUGGAGAAGCAGCUUCACAUUGACAACCUGGUGUUUAGGGUGAUUGAUGCCUGCCAGAAGGGCGAGUUGGGGCCAGGGCUGCAGUUCCCGAGCUUCUGCUGCCACAGCGUGGAUGUGCUGUCCUGUAUUCUGCACCUGCUGAACCAGGGCUAUCUCCGGCGCCAGGAGGAGAGGCCUCAUGUCUUGGAAUACAUCUCUGCUGAACCCACAACACCCCCUACCUCUCAGGUCCAGCCCCAAGUUGCCUUCCAAACAGUAGAGAUCAAGACAGCAGCAAGCCCAGCCUCUGCUGAAAGGAGACAGACUUUUUCCACCUUCAGGUAGACAAGGACCCAGCUGGGCUGGGACGACACUAGCUGGGUCCAGUCUGGCUCUUCCUGAGUGUUUGCAGGUUUUAUUUUCAAUAAACAAGCCAAGCUCCA